AUGCUCGUCCAGGUCGUGGCUCUGCUGAGCCUCGGGGUGCUCCACAUCUCAGUGCCCAUGCCCACUGGCACCACGAGGCAUUCGGUAGGCUCGAUUAUUCAAGAAGUUCUCGAGAGCCUGCAGAAGCUCAACUUAAAGGAAGUCCCCAGCCUUGCGACUGUGAACACUACGGUGGAAAGAUGCAUGCGCAGCCACCUGGAAACCUUUGCUGCCAGCUUGGAAAAUCUCAACACGCAGAGCAAAUUGAUCGUCAGACAACUGAACGUAAUUAACAAGUCCGAAAGCAUCCCCCCUAAAGAUCUGGGUGAGGAAUGUAAGACUGUGCAAGUACCGGGUCAAGUGUUCCUGGAGACACUGGAGAGUUUCUUGAGAUUGCUCUCUGAGGCGUUCAGUUACUUUCUUCCUCUGAAGGAAACUCCACAUCUGCAGAACAAGACUAAAUCAAUAAUCGAUGAAAUGCUUUGCUUGCUUGAAGCUGAAAAAGACCCCAUCAAUGAGGAGUUCUCCAAACCACUUCAUAUAAAGAGCAAAAGUUGUGCACAUUAUAACACCGAAAAAUUCAUUAAAGAACUAAAGAAGAUCCCCCAACACCCGUGUAUGAAGAUAGUUGAAAAAUGUAUGAGAAAGCUAGAAGAAAAGUGUUCCAUUUUGAAGAAAUCAUCACCCAAAGACGAAAGAUGCUCAGAUAAGGCAGAAACAGAUUUCUCACGAUUUAAAGAGAGCCUGGAAGAAUUCCUGAAAUGGGUCAACCAGAAGCAGAACUGCAGCAACAUCAUGAGAAACGAUCUUUAUUUGUACCUGGAUGACAAAUGCAGCUGUCUUGACUCAUGGAAAUACCACAAAGGCUUGUUAUAG